AUGGAGGAGAAUCCGCUAACUUUUAACCAAACGGCACUGGGGAUCUCCGAGUUCAUCGAGGUUGCAAUACAUACCAUUCUCUAUGUACGUCACGUAUAUCCAGCCGAACUGUUUGUAAGGCGCAAGAAAUAUGACACCCCAGUCUUCCAAUCUCGUCACCCUGCCCUGAAUGAGUACAUCUCAGGGGUGGUUAGAGCUGUGGCUGACGAGCUUGCCGUCGGAAAUGUUGAAAAGGUGGUGGUUCUCAUUAAGGGCAAGGACGAUGUUGCCCUUGAGCGGUACAUCUUUGCCGUUCAAAAUGUGAUUCAAGUCGAAGCUUACAACAAAGACACCAGCGUACAGGGUGCGAUGACUCCCUCAGCAUUGGGCCAGUAUCUCAGAGCUUUCAUGGUUAAACUCUCCAUGAUGGAGAAUCAGCUUGGUCAGCUGUCUCUCGGCGGCGACGGAAGCUUUGCUGUCAUCAUAGAGCUACAAGACGAUAAGGUCCCGUCUAUCUCGCAAGGGAAGGUAGAGGCACUUAGGGCUGCACUUGAUUCCACAACUUGA